AUGCAAUUUUCAGUCGUUUCUAUCGUCUUUCUUGCCUCAAACUUUGUGAAGGCUGAUUUCAUAUUCCCUCAGCCAACGAGUCAAAUUUUCAUCGGCCUUCCAACUCGGAUAUCCUGGUCUACCGAUCUAGUCACUGGCCCAGUCUCUUUGUUUCUUGUUCCAGCAGGGGUGCAGGAUACUAGCGCUUCUAUAUCUGCUAUUGAGACUCAAAUUCUAAAUGAUGGAAUGUACCAAUGGGUUCCACGCGGCACCCUAAAUACAGCGGAGUCAUAUUUCUGUAUACUCAUGGUCGAUUCUAAGGAUUUUAAAACAGUAUCUGGUAGCUUUUUCAUAGUUGGCCUGCAAUCUUCUCAGCCGGGCAGCGAGCUUCGCAGAAGAGUCAAUAGCUUUAAAAAAUCAUCAGACAGUGGCAAUAAUGAAGGGUACGAAAAAUCCAAUUCAACAGAAACGAAAACGGUAAAGUCAAAGAGUAAAGCAGCUUCGAAUUCUGUGGUACUGGAAACUGGUUUGCCAGCUUGCAGCCCUGUAGUCACAAAGACCACAAAUCUGUAUGUGGGCGCUACGAACCGGGCUACUAUUAAGACGAAAAGCUCAACUGGAUUGGAAUCAACCGGCACUUCGGCACCUUUGUCCUUUUAUCUUGAUAGACGGUCUACAGAUAUCUCCGGCUUGUCUAAGCUUAUGAGCCUGGGUUCCAAAAGGUCUUCCGCGUCUAAUAGCACAUCCGGCUCAAAGUCGACGUUCCAAAAUUCUGGUUCGAAACAUAACCAUGGAUCAAAAUCUUUAUCUUCUUCGUCUUUUGAAGCUGGACCCCAAAAAAGCUAUGACUCACAAUCCUCGUCUAAUUCUAGCUCAGGAAAGGGCUCUAGUUCGAAACACUCAGCAACUGACUCCAACUCGAUAGGCAACUCAGGCUCAGAGUCUUUAUCUUCUGGACACGAAUCAAAAGGAACUAAAGAUUCAUCAGGAUAUGAAUCUGGGUCUAAAGAAAGCAAUGAAUAUGGACAUGGACAUGGACACGGAUCUAGCUCUAACUCUAACUCUGGCCAUGAAUCCAACUCUACAUUGGAACAUACCUCUACACAAACUAUUUGUGCAUUGGUAACUUCUACAACUAUCAUAUAUGUGUCGUCUAGUAAAAAUACUCGGAAUCAUGAGACCAAGACAUACACAUCCAACAUCGAAAAGACCACCUUGAUACAGACUACUGCAAUUUUCAGCACCGCCUCUGAAUCCCUCUUUUCUGUCUCCAUCUCGGCGACUCUGGCAUCGACCUCCACACUUGCAGUCACAACGAUUUCCCUCACUGGUAUAUCCACAACAGCAACAAGUAUAGUUCAAACCACUCAAAGCUCUCGUGUCUCCGAGAUUUCUCGAAUUUCGAGUCUUGCGAAUUCGGAGCCUAUUCAAUCUAUUCAAUCUACCCCCCUAUUCUCCGCCUCGAUUAGCAUUCCCUCAAUCACCCAAGCUACCACUCCACCCUCUGUACUCACUACUCCAGAGGCCGCAACUGUACCCAGCUUUCCCAGUAUCCGCAGUACAGAAAAUUCAACGAGCACAACACAAACAAACCCAUCCAACACAGAUCCACUUACCCCGUCCCCACCCCAAACCACACCCUCCCCCCUCCUCUCAUCCCAAACUCAAACCACUCCUCCCCCCAUAACACUCCACCCCAUAAUCCUCACAACCCUCUCCAGCUCCACCACAUCAUCAUCAUCAUCUGCAGUAUACAAUCUCACGAUUCAAAAUGGAUCGGGAACGGCGCUGCCUAUUUUUACUGGGGGUGGGGGUUUGUGGUAUGGAGGUUCGAGGGAUGGAAUAAUAAUUGGGGUGGUGCUGGGGGUUGCAGGGUGGAUUUUGUGA